ACCACAUGUUUUUAGCAUGUGAUAUGUUUAUCAUUUGCGCAGUAUUUCUCCUUAUUCACUAAGACGGAGAAGAUGCUGGACGUUGUUAUAUUGACUGUGAUUUUCGUGGCGACCUUGUUCCUUGCUGUGAUCUACUACUAUAUGUACAGAAACAAACGAGUCACUACCAUUCCUCGGCCUGAUCCUACAACACAGGAGGAUGGGAAUUUGGCAGACAUUUCGAAAGCUGGAAGUCUGCACGAAUACCUUUUAGAUCUUCAUCAGAAGUACGGGGACAUAGCUGCCUUUCAGAUGGGAAAGGAGAUGGUUGUAAGCAUCUGUUCCCCAGAACUGUUCAGGGAGCAUUCUAAUGUGUUUGACCGACCUGCUUCGUUGUUUAAGUUGUUUGAGCCUUUCUUAGGAAAGAAAUCCAUACAGUACGCAAACAAAGCCGAAGGAAAGAGCAGACGUAAGAGUUACCUCCGAGCUUUGGGUCCAAGCCAUUUACACUAUCAUUACUCAGGAAUACAGACACUUUCUGAUGAUCUGGUUCGUAAUUGGUGUAGCUUGGGUGUGGAAGAACACAUUCCUUUAAAUGAAACAAUGCUAACUUUCGCUUUGAAGUUAUCUAUUGUAAGUCUGUUUGGUAGCAAUGAAGUAGCAGGUGAGGACAUCAAGGAAAUCAGGACCGAAUAUCUUAUUGCAUGGAAUGAAUUAGAGCGACGUUUGGUUGGAUUGUCGAAUGACAGAAGUCAAAGAUUUGAAAAUGCUCGAAACAAAUUUCAUCAUAUCGUGAACGAGUUGGUGGUCAAGCGCAGAACUCUUCGAAAGAAGACAGACGUCACCCUCCUGGUUGACGUGCUCAUUGACAAUACAGAUGAUGAGGAAAAGAUACUUCACGAUGCCAUUUCAUUUACUGUCGCAGGAUUACACACAACAGGAAAUUUGUUAACAUGGGCGUUGUUCUAUCUUUCCACUUAUCCUGGCGUCCAGCAAAAAGUUUACACAGAAAUAAACAGAGUUCUUGGUAGCAAGGAUGUUGACCAAAAUUCAACAAAGGAUCUUAAAUACCUACAUCAAGUGAUAAACGAGACUUUUAGAUGUGCUGCAAUAGCACCAUGGGCAGCCAGAUAUCAGGAUGUUGACUCAAAACUCGGAGGAUAUAAAAUUACGAAAAACACGCCUGUGAUACAUGCUCUCGGAGUAAGUUUCCAAAAUGAAAAGUAUUUUCCAAAUCCAAAACGGUUUGACCCGGAUCGUUUUUCUGAAGAAAACAUAAAAUCCAGACCAGCAUACGCGUUUCAGCCCUUUGGAUUUGCUGGCAAUAGAAUGUGCCCCGGAUACAAGCUGAGCAGUAUCGGAUCUGUCGUAUUGUUAGUGACCAUCUUGAAAAAGUUUAGGGUCAACUUUGUUGAGGGUCAAGUGGUGAUUCCGAAUUUUGGUCUAGUUACUCGUCCGAACGACGAAAUUUGGAUCACUCUUCAGAAAAGAUAAUGGAGAUUGACUAUGUGAUUUGUGUAACGUUAAUUGUGUGAAAACGUUUUUCAAUCGUUUUAUGAAACAUUCAGUUUUAAGUUAAAGUUUAACCGGUAAGCUAAAUAGGAUGGUGGUUCGAAAAUGCUGAGAAAAACCAAUAUAUUUUCCUUUUUAAGUGAUGCAUUUUAGUCAUCUACAUGUAAAUAUCAAAUCAACCAGUCUUAUAUCAUAAUUGAGCAAGGUACUAAUAACAAGUAUUAAAUAUUUUGUUUAUGACGAUACAUAAAUUAAUAUAUAUGUAUGUUAUGCUUUGAA